UGUAUCAAAGAGUUUAUAACUCCGUAAUUGUAUUUGCUUUAUACUGUUUUGGGGCGAAUACGUAUAUAUUUUUAGCAAACUAUCAGACAGCUCAUUUAGCAGUUUUACUGGUAUCGUCAAGCUCUUUCCCAGGCUUGAGUAAAUUGUCCAGAAAAGUGAAUUCAAUAUUUGUCUUGUGAGCUAAAGUUAGUGCCAUUUUUGUCUGUCACUUCCACCAAAUACAUUAUAUCGGACUCCACCACUGAGUUUAGUAGCUGGUCAGUGUCCAGAGCUGGAAGACUGGCACACAUCAUGAGUUUUAACCGCUAUCUUGCCUGUCAGUCCUGAUAAGCAGAGAGCUGUUCUCCAAAAGCAUCCUCAUAUCAGAGAAAAGCAGUUCGUGUUAUGUUAACCGUUCGAUAAAUAAAUGGACACAAAUCCACGUGCAUUAGGACAGCCUGUUCCUUCCUGGUGUAUGUCGUGCGUCACAAGUGACGUAACUUCUGGCUAGGAUUUGUACGGUGCUGAACGUGUUCAAAGGUUUAUUAUACAAUGUUACAAAAGGAAUUCCACUGGGAUCUGCUACGAGCUCUUCAACUUUCCGAUCGUCAAAAUGCCAUGUGAGUUAAAGCCUCGGUUCCUGGUUCUGUACGGGUCUCAGAAAGGCCAGGCCCAGUCCAUAGCCGAGGGCAUAGCUGACGAGGCCGAGGAGAGGGGACUGUUUGCUGAUAUCUGCUGCUUGAGUGAAGGACACAAGUUUAACUUGGAGAAAGAGAGUUCUCCUGUGGUGUUCGUUGUGUCGACCACAGGGGAUGGGGACCCACCAGAUACAGCCCAGAAGUUUGUCAAGAGAAUCAAGAAAAAGACCCUGCCCCGUGACCUCUAUGCACACCUCUGCUAUGCUUUUUUAGCUCUGGGCGACACAAACUAUGCAGAUUUCUGCAAAUGUGGGAAGACUAUUGACAGCCGUCUACUGGAUCUUGGUGCUAAACAUUUCUAUACAACAGGACAUGCAGACGACGGUGUAGGGCUCGAGUUGGUGUUGGACCCCUGGCUUGAAGGACUGUGGGAGGCGAUCAGAGGAGCAUUAUCCAAGAUGGCCGCCCCUCAGCCUGAGCGAGAUGGCCAUGUUAGGGACCAGAUAGUAUCGUCGAACGAAACGCCAGAAUCAUCAGCAACAGACAUCAAACUCCACCUCCUGAGUCUCAACGAAUCAGAAUCCCAGAUCACCAAAUCCCUCACAACAGCAGCGAGAGCUAAGACUGAUUCUUUGGCUGUUUUAGCAUCAGAGACCAGGAGCUCAGUUACUGAUCUCAUAACGGUGUCAGCGACCGACAACACUGGGACUGCUCUUAAACUUCAUAGUGUUGUCUCUGAAUGCAAGUCAGUGUUGACGACACCGAGUGGACAGACUGGGGCUCCCCCUGCUGUUGUAGAGGCCUCUCUGACACGAUCCUUGCCUCCGCUGUCUGAGUUGGCCCUCAACAUCCCAGCUCUGCCUCCACCCUACCUGGAUGUCAUGCUUCAGGAAGCCACCAUAGAAGAAGAGACCAAUGCUCCGGUCAGUAAGGAGACUCUUCACGAGGUUCCCAUCUCCAGGGCAGUCCAGCUGACCAGAGACGACUCAGUUAAAACAGCCCUUCUGAUCGAGAUGGACAUCUCAUCCCACCCUAUGGCCUACCAGCCUGGGGACUCGCUUGAUGUGCUCUGCCCUAACAGAGCCUCCGAGGUGGGAGAGUUGCUCCGUAGACUGGGCCUAGAGGAUCAGAAGAGCAACCGCAUCCAACUCUCACUACGAAAAGAAACCAAGAAGAAAACUGCUCAGAUCCCCUCCUACAUCCCAGAGAACAGCACUCUGCACUACCUGCUCACCUGGAGUCUGGAGAUCAGGACUGUCCCUAAGAAGGCGUUCCUCCGUUCCCUGGUGGAGUGUACAGGAGACAGUGGUGAGAAGAGGAGACUACAGGAGCUGUGUAGUAAACAGGGAUCAGCCGACUACAACCUCUAUGUCAGAGACCACAACCUCGGCCUAUUGGACCUGCUCACGGCUUUCCCCGCCUGCCAGCCCCCUCUCAGCCUCCUCAUAGAACAUUUGCCCAAACUGCAACCAAGACCGUACUCCGCGGCAAGCUCCAGUUUAAGACAUCCAGGUCGGCUGCACUUUGUUUUCAACAUCAUAGAGUUCCCAGCAUGCGCUGGGAGACCCGUGGGGAGGCGUGGCCUGUGUACUGGUUGGCUCUCUGACCUAGUUGAUCCCAUCCUGGUGCACCCUCGGAAGGCUCAGUCCUCCAGCACCCCAGCCCUCCCUAAGGUCCAUGUGUGUGUGCGUCAGAACUGCUCCUUCCGCCUGCCCUCUGACCUCUCCAAACCCUUCAUCAUGAUUGGACCAGGCACCGGGGUUGCACCCUUCAUUGGAUUCCUACAACAAAGGGAGAAGGAGAGGGAGGAAAACCCAGAGGCGGAGUUCAGUGAAACCUGGCUAUUCUUCGGUUGUCGCCAUAGAGACCGAGACUUCCUGUUUAGAGAGGAGCUGCAGGGGUUUGUGGCAAGUGGAACCCUUACCCAUCUGAAAGUGUCUUUCUCACGAGACACUCAGGAGGGAACAGAAACACAGACCGACACGGGACCCAGAUACGUCCAACACAACCUGCGCAGCCACGCCAAAGACAUCGUCAACCUCCUCCUCAAGGAGAACGGGUACCUCUAUGUCUGCGGUGAUGCUAAGAACAUGGCUAAAGAUGUAAACGACACCCUGAUAGAGAUGCUAUCAGCAGAGCUUCAGCUGGAUAAACUGGACGCCAUGAAAAGACUGGCCGGACUCAGGGAGGAGAAACGUUAUCUUCAGGACAUCUGGAGCUGAAAGUAUUCACACCCCUUGACUUUUUCUACUUUUUUUUUUCGUGUUACAAGUUAGGAUUGAAACGUAUGUAAUUGUCAGGCCAGCAUCCCGGAGUCGCCUCUUCACUGAUGACGUUGAGACUGGUGUUUUGCAGGUACUAUUUAAUGAAGUUGCCAGUUGAGGACUUGUGAGGCGUCUGUUUCUAAAACUAGACACUCUAAUGU